UCAACAAUAUCUGGAUUUUAAAAUAGAAAACAAUGGCGUUGGCGCUCGUAGAUGGUCGUUGGUGUCUCGACUGAUUACCGGAAUGUUAUAGGAUGGAUCCAGACAGUGGGACCGAAACACAAAAAGCAGUCAGUUUGCAGUGGAAAAGCUACAAACUCGUCCAGGACCCAGCCAUUCGGCGGGUUACCCAGAAGGUUUACAGAUAUGAUGGAGUGCAUUUCAGUGUUCCAGACUCUGGUUUCCCCCCUGUGGGAGAACUCUGGGACCCUAGACCCCGGAGAUUGUGGUCUAGAUAUACUGAGCUGUCCCUACCAGUGCCAAAGUUCAAGCUCGAUGAGUUCUACGUGGGCCCCAUACCCCUUAAAGAGGUGAGCUUUGCCAGGCUCAAUGACAACAUCAAGGAGCCUUUCUUGGCAGAAAUGUGUUCCAAGUUUGGUGAAGUGGAGGAGAUGGAAAUCCUGUUUCAUCCCAAGACCAGGAAGCACUUGGGUCUGGCCAGGGUGUUGUUCACCAGCACAAGAGGCGCUAAGGACACAGUCAAGCAUUUGCACAACACCUCUGUCAUGGGUAACAUCAUUCAUGCUCAGCUGGAUAUAAAAGGUCAACAGAGGCAGAAGUACUAUGACCUGAUAGUAAAUGGGUCCUACACUCCUCAGACGGUGCCGCUUGGAGGGAAGGCUUUAACGGACAGUGUUCAGUCUCAGAAUCCAGCACAUCCGCAGCCUGACACGUCGGAAAUCCGCCGUAAGUUUUCCACUGAGCUUGCCGUUUUGGCAGCAGGAGUCCAAGCUCUCACCUCGGGAAGCGGGACACCAUGUUCUGUUGAUACCGGUUUUGGCGAUCAGCGUAUUGACACACCUCCUUCUUCUUUACCUGGCCCAUACACCCCAGGCUCCUCUGCUUCAUCUCAGGGGGGCGGAGGAACACCUUACAGCUCCAGAUCUGGGACUCCAUUUUCUCAAGACUCAGGCUACUCCAGCAGCAGGCAUCCUAACUACAACACAGGCUCUUUGAGCAGCGGCUACCCUCCCCAGGACAUGUUACCAUCGUCAUCUUCAUCUUCUGCAGUCUCAUCUUCUGUUGGAGGUUACAAAGUAUCUCGUUACCCUGAUGAGCAGGAUCCAUCACUGUACCACCGAGGUCGUCCUUCGUACCCCCCAACCACAUCAUACCGUCCCAGUGAGCCACCUGGCUAUCCCCCUUACCCGAGUCUUGGAGGACCCGGGUCACACAUGGCACAUCACUCCUCGAUGCCUCCCCCACCUAUUUGCAACCAGUAUGAUCAGCCUCCACCGUCAGACAGGGACCGUGAUCGAGAAUCAGGGGGGAGGUAUGGGGCUGGGGGUGUUGGUUCCAGAAGGUCAUCUUACCAUCACCAGCAAGAUUCGAACUCUUCCUCAAAAUACCAUUCCCAUCACUCCCACCACCAUUCAGAUCGCAGGGACGACAGGGGGUACCGGCGAGACAGUCUGGGCUCCCGGUCAGGUGACCACAGCCACCAGAGACACCGCAACCAUCACCAUUCUCACAACCACCAUGGCAGUCGUAGAAGAAGCAGCCAUGACCGGGAUAGAGAUCGAGACAGAGAUAGUGACUACUCCAAUAGCUCUGACCCCAGACACAAUUCCAACUCUUACCGCUCGUCCUCUAACAGCAUGUCUCCUCCUCCGUCAUCUUACUCUGCAUACUCCUCCUCCAAAGAGCCUGCCCCGACUCCUCCUCAGGGACUAGAUGCUUCUUCCCGUUCAGCGGGUACAAGUCUUGCAGAGAGAGGAUCUCUGCCCUCAGCUGGUGCUGAUAAAGACUUCCAUGCUGAUCAUCUCAGUGCUUUGCCUCCACCUCCUCCUCCACCACCACCGCUCCCCCCAGCCUCUGUUAUUGCAGCAGCUGUUGCUGAGACACUUGGAACACUGGAUUUUAACCAGGAUAGUCCUGCCCGCGAAGAUCAAUGGACAAAACCCAAACGCCGUCCCACCACACCACCUGCCCCGCCCAAGACACCCCCACCUUCUUCUCCGUCCCAACCUACAAUUGCAUCUUCCUCUAACUCUCCUUCCUCUGCUUCCCUUCCUCACCAUCUUUCCUCGUCCUCCAGCUCCCCACCACCUCCUCAUCGGGAUUCCUCUCCAGAGCCAGAUUCUACAAAUGAAAGUGUACCGUUUGUCUACCACAGCAGCAGUCUGGACUCGCGUAUUGAAAUGCUCCUAAAAGAACAAAAGGCUAAAUUUUCUUUCCUUGCUUCUGAUGAGGAAGAUGAGGAAGACAGGAAAGAGGAGAAGCACAGGGGCAGAGGUAGAGAGCGAGGAAGUCAAGCUUCAAGGGAUCAGGAGCACGUGGGGGACAAUGGGGAGAAGGACCAUAGGAAGAAGGGGGAAAGAGACAGAGAUGGUCACAGAGGUAGAAAACGGGGAAAAGGAGGAGAAGGAAGGAAGAGUCCAACUGUACCUACAACAGGCACACAACCCUCGUCCACUUGUUCUCCCCACAUCUUACCUCCAGAGGAACCCCCAUCCCAGGUUAACAUCACAAGGACUGAGGCUUUGCAGCAAGAGUCUUCUCAGGCUGCUUCUGCUGAUGCAGGGAUCUGGACAGGAGCCCACACACCACCUUUUAAUGGGCAGAGUCAGGCAUCUCCUCAUUCUUCUGGUGAAGACAUGGAGAUCUCAGAUGACGAUGAGGAAGCAACUACUAUAACAACAGUGACAACUCAUCAGCCACCAGUCUCCUCAGGAUCAACACCAUCAUCCUCACAAGCUGGACUUUCACAGACAGCAGAUCCAUCAUCCUCUCCCCCACCCAUUUCUGAUUCUUCACAGCACUUUGGGACUUCCAUGCAUCCCCAAAUACCUUCCUACCCUCCUCAUUUACCACCUCCCCCUCCCCCUGGAUACUCCCUUCAGCCCCCACCUCCACCAGGGAUUCCACCUCUUCCUCACAUGGAGCUGCACCCUGAGUAUCCUCCUCCUAUGGCCCACCACAUGUAUGAUUACGCCACCUCUAUGGAGCUGAUGAACCAAUACAGUGGUGGAACUCCUAUGUCCUUCCAAAUGCAAACCCACAUGUUAAGUCGCUUGCAUCAAAUGCGCAUGUCUUCAUCUAAUGGAACUCCAGGCCCGGGUGAGGCUGCUACUGGAGACUACGCAUCCUACCAUCUUCACUCUAUGGCGCCACCUCACUCACACCACCCUUACAUGGACCAAGAGGGCAGUGGGGCAGGUGCUCAUUAUGACCAAGACCACAGAUACUUGCCACCCCAUAUGUCCUAUCCCUAUCAUGAACCCCACAGCACUCAGAUACCACCCCCUCCACACCAUAACAUACCCCCUCCCCACACUGGCUGGCCACCACAUGUCUUACCUCCACACUACCCAUCAUACAUGCCUCCACCUGGCUAUGGUAACAUGCUGACCGGGGAGGGAGAUGAGUACAGUACUUCUGGGGAGGGAUUGCCCAUGUUGGCUGAGAAUCCAAAUGAAGCAACAGUUCAGAUGGUCCUGGCCUCUUUGAUCCAGGAAAUGAAGAACAUUGUGCAAAGAGACCUGAACCGCAAAAUGGUGGAGAAUGUAGCCUUUGCCACUUUUGAUGAGUGGUGGGAUAGGAAGGAGACCAAGGCCAAGCCUUUCCAGACAAUGGUAAGGGGAGUAACAGCUUUACGGGAUGAAGAAAAGAAAGAGGAAAAGGUCAACCGUCCUCGGGAGCCUCUGAUGUCUCUUGUGGAUUGGGCAAAAAGUGGGGGCUUGGAGGGGUUUUCUCUUCGUGGAGCAUUACGAUUACCUUCCUUCAAGGUGAAGAGGAAAGAACCUCAGGAGUUUAAAGAGGGAGACUUGAAGAGGCCUCGGCCUUCAACGCCACCAGAUGAAGAUGAUGCUGCGGAUGGUAGAAUGCCAGAAGCAGACAGGCAUGCAGCUGACAGAGACAACAAGAGGAGGAAAAAGAAGCAGAGGAGUCGUAAACCCUGGGAGCUGGACAGUGAGGGAGAAGAAACCUCUGAUGGCUCAUCGAGUGAGAAGGAGGACGAAGAAGUGGAAAGUGAAAAGGAAUCAGAUGACGAUGGGCUCAGUAGUGACAGUGAUGAUGAGAGCCUCUCGUCGUCCUCUGGGGGUUCUUCCUCUUCAGCAUCAUCCUCUUCAUCCUCUUCUGAAGAUGAUGAUAUAGAGGAAGGAGAACUAGCUGAAAGUGCUGGUACCGACUCAAUGGAUGAGUCGACAAUGGACAGCACAACUGAGAAAGAGGAUGACAGGGAAAAUAUUGCAGCUGCUGUUCCAAAGCUGGACAUCAAAAAAGGUGUUACAAAAGAAAGCAAAGCAGAUAUACCAGCGGCACCUUUGUCACCAUCACGCCCUUUGUCUCCAGAUGCUUUUGUUCCUCCUCUCAAGAAACGCAGGAAGACGGUCUCAUUCUCCACAGAUGAGAACGAUGGCAAAACUCAACUGCUAACUGCGUUACCAUCUCCAUCAUCAACACAAGCAAUAAAUGAGGCUCUGCUUACCCCUGACAGGGCUACAGACUCUCCUGUCACUCUUACAACACCCCCUUCAGGUCGUCCCAGUCAUGGAAUUCAGCUUCUUCCCUUUGCUUCAAAACCAGGUGAAGGCAAUGCCCUCAUUGUUCCUCCACCUAGUAGAACCCAAGAUUCUGAAGAGUCCAGAAAGGCUCCCCUGGUUUCCUCCCAGACCACGCUUGUCAAAUCCCCUGGCAAGCGGGUUGCAGGCAGAGACUCUCCUAAAUCUCCCGCCCCUCCAGUUAUGGUAUGUCGCACUGUGCAGAACCUGCCAUUGGACCAUGCUUCAAUGUGUAGGAUGGCCUUUGAGGAGGCCCCUCCACCACCUUCUGUCAACAAACGGUCCAGAGCCCGAACUCGGACACCUAGCAUCUCUGCAUCCUCCUGUCACUCUGUCAGAGAGGAUGAUGAGGAUGAAGAGGAACACGAGCAGAGGUUAAGAAUCAGGGAGCAGGUGGGAGCAUCAAGCCUUCUGCAGCUGGCCUCUGCCUCAACGACUGACCUGUCCGUUUUGGCAGACAUAGCCCUAAAAAUGGAUCCUGAAGCUGGGGACUCAGAGGAGACUGAGACAUCUGAUGAAGCAGAGGAGCAGAAAAUGGAAGGAGACCUCUACACUCCAGAAUCCCUGGCUUUGGUUAUGAGCCCAGGAGGUGUUAUUGUACUUUUGGAGCACAACUACUGCAAGCCUCCUGUGCUCGCCAUACCAUCCAGUACCAAAAAGACCGCCUCCAGACAAGAUUCGUCUGUCUUAGUCCCAGCAGACCUCAACUCCAUUUCUGGUGUACUGGAGGCACCAGAGGAGGUCAUUGGAGAGGCUGUGCCGUCCAGGGCAGAUAAAGGAGAGUUCUUCUCUCCAGUGGGUGAUCUUGGUGACUCUGAUGAUAAUAGACAGGUGGCAGCUGUAUCUCCAUCACCAAAGAGGAAGAAUUAUUUUAGCAAAGGUUUGGAACUUGAACAGGAGAAGAGGAAGCGAAAAGACAAAGAAAACCUUGAGCCUCAUCGCACAAAAAAGCAGAAGGAGCAGCUGGGCAAGAAGCAGAGGAAGCGGAAGCUAGAGGAAUCAGACUUUGAGGAAGAUGUUGACGUGGAGGAGCUCGAGUCUGGAGAGCUGUCCAGCUCAGACACUGAGAAUGAAGUGGUUGAAGAAGUCAGGAAGAGCGAGCGUCUCUUUCUGCAGGAGGCCGGGGUUACAUCGUCACAGCACUGGCCGAAACCCACGCCAGCACCUGAGCUGCUACCGAUAAAGUUUGAAAACCGCAGCAAGUUUGAGCAAAUGACCAUUCUGUAUGACAUCUGGAACUCUGGUCUGGAUGGUGAAGACCUGAGCUACCUGAAGAAGACUUAUGAGAAGUUGUUACAGGAUGACCAUGGUUCUGACUGGCUCAAUGACACCCACUGGGUCAAUCACACUGUAACCAAUCUGCCGAACCCCCGCCGUAAAAAGAAGACUGCCGACAGCCAGCUCCGGGAGCACGUGACAGGAUGUGCCAGGAGUGAGGGCUACUACGCCAUCAGCCGCAAGGAGAAGGACGUCUACCUCGACCUGGACCUUCCUGAGCAGGUCAUCCGGGAAGUUGAAAAUGUUGACAGCUCGGGAGCUAACCGGGUGCUAUCAGAGAGGCGUUCAGAGCAGCGCCGCCUCCUCACUGUCAUCGGAACCACAGCUGUCAUGGACUCUGACCUACUUAAACUAAACCAGCUUAAGUUCCGAAAGAAGAGGCUCCGCUUUGGGCGCAGCAGGAUCCACGAAUGGGGCCUGUUCGCCAUGGAGCCCAUUGCCGCCGAUGAGAUGGUCAUAGAGUAUGUCGGGCAGAACAUUAGACAGAUGGUGGCUGACAAUCGAGAGAAGCGGUACGCUCAGCAGGGCAUCGGGAGCAGCUACUUGUUCAGAGUGGACCACGACACAAUAAUUGAUGCCACCAAGUGUGGCAACCUGGCACGAUUCAUCAACCACUGCUGCACUCCAAACUGCUACGCUAAGGUUAUCACCAUUGAGUCCCAGAAGAAGAUCGUGAUCUACUCGAAGCAGCCUAUCGCCGUCAACGAAGAGAUCACCUACGACUACAAAUUCCCUCUGGAGGAGAACAAGAUCCCUUGUCUGUGUGGAACAGAGAACUGCCGGGGGACGCUCAACUAGUGAAAGCACUUCUCUUUCUGUCUUGCCAACAGACCGAGCUGGAUUUCAUCCUGCUCAUUUUUACCUUCGCCAGAGUUCAACUUGAAACAAAGCAACCCCCUCAAAAGUCCCCGUCUCUCUUUCUGGAUGGCCUCAGUGGUCCCCACAAUAAGUAGGAAACGGUGUCGCACACACUUGCACUUUUCACGCACACUCUUCAUUGACGUUAAUGCCCCUUUGAUUUGGGUUUGCGUGACUCAGCUCGGGAGGACCGGAGGAUGUCCUCAACAGUGGCAGUAUUGUAGUCCUUGCUGGAACGGGUCAUGAAAGGUUUUUCUAUUUCCAUGCCAGCGUCUGUUUGAGAGACCAUUACACACAGGUAACCUUUGUCUGUGUCAGAUGGCAUUUUUUUAAAUAUCCGGGGAUUUUUCCUCUAGUGUUAGAUCCCUUCUUUUCCCACACAUCUAGACGCAUCCCCACACAAACGCACAGGAACGCCAGAUAAAUUCAGGGUUUUUAAAUCGCUUGUUAUGGGGGCACUUUUAGAAAGAAAAAGCUUCUUUCAGAUCGGUCUUCAGUUAUGCAAGAUUUCUGAGUGUGAUAGUUGUUUUGGAGCUUCAUUUGAAUAUUCUUGCUGUAAUUAAUAGUAUUGUUUUUUUGGGGGGGUUUUUUUUGUUGCGUUUGCUGAAAGUACCUUAAAUGAAAUGACUUUCCCAAGGUGGGUUUUUGAUUCAGCCACCCCUGUCGAACUAUUGUUUCCACCCUAUCUGUUCUGUGCAUUAAUCUUCUGAUUUGCAACAAUCUUGUGUUGCCUAAAAGUGUUAAUAUUUUUCAUAGCGGCUGUUAUUUACAGGGUCAGCACAACAAAAUAGUUUUCUCCUUCCUGUCUUUUCCGAGCGCAUUAUGUGGAUGCUGAUGCUUGCUUUUAACUGCUCAAAUCCCUCAUUAUUUGUGGCAUUCUUGUGCAUUCAGCAUUUCUUCUCUAUGAAGGUUAUGCAGGUUCUCACAUCGUUCAUAGAGCAGCCAUUAGGGCAGUGUUAGCAGCUGUUUUCUGUGCACAGUUGGAGACUCAGUUCACCUCACUCUCAACAUAUAUAGUGUUUGGAUCUUCUCCAGGGGUUCUCCAAGCCAGAUUUUGUUUUCUUCCAAGAUUAGUAAUACUUAACCUGCGCCUACUUAGCUGAACUACAAUAAUAAUAAUAAUAAUAUUUUCUUCCAGGGUUCCUACACAGAAAAUAUUUGGAUAAAUAUGGGACAAAAGGCCAUUUAGUGUAGAAAAUGUUAGAUUUUUUCCAGACUUUUUCUUGUAGUUUUCUGAAGGACAAAAAUCUAACGAUUUAUAUUUAAAUGAUGUACUUAAUUUACCUCCUUGAUUUUAACAUUUUACCAUCAGUAUUUUGAUUUUUGACUUGCUGACUUAAAUACACACAAUAAAAAGAAAAAGAAAAAAUAGGUUAUUUCACUACAUUUUGGACUUUACACAACUUCUGAUUCAGGAGGGACUGGACAUUUAAUGGAGUCCAGUUAAAAUGCCAAACACUAAAAAUACAAUUUCUCUCAUUUUUACAAAUACGUUCUUAUGGUUUACAUUUGUUGUAGGAUAUCCCAAUCCAUAUUUGGCAAAUCUAAAAGAUUUUGAAUUGAAGUAUGUAUAGUUCUAAAUUAUGAAUAGUUUGUACUCAAAUGUGCAGAAUUAUAUGAAAAGUAAUAUAGAAAUCCUGAGUUUGGAGAAGUAUGGAAUCUCAAAGUGAAAACUGUGUAGGAACCCUGUGCUCUACGCCAGCUGCCUUCUUGCCUUUAAAAGCACGGAUAGCGGUAAUCUGAGUUAACGGUGGGUGUUUGAUGGCAUGUGCGUCUGUAUGUCACUCCUGUGUUUCGUUGUAUUUUAUUUCAACAUCAAAUGUCGGCUUCCUGUUUCAGUCGUUGGCGAAAGCUUCUCUGCACAUUCUUAUCUCAGUGAAGUGGAGACAGAUUGAUGAAAAGCAGAUGUUUAUUGCUAAAUAAGGUCCAACACCUUUUAAAAAAAUCCA